UAUGAGCGGUAUACAUUUUUGUAUUAUUGUUAUUACCCACAUGUAAUUAUACUGUAGUAGUGCCUAGAAGUGGUAUGCAAUUGUAAUUUUAAAAAGAAAUGAACGUGCUUUCGUGAUGCCAAAAUUUAAGUAAAUUGCCCUACAUAACAAUAUAUAAUUAAUAGAAACAUUAAACAAGAAAUUACCUUGAAAGUUUGAUCAUUUAUAUUUUAUGAAUAUCGCGAGAGCCCACUGUCCUAGCCUACAGUAUUCCAACAUGCAAAUAUAUUGCAGUAUUUUAUUUAAAUCAGUACAUACAAAGGGAAUUUUAUGUACUGUACAGUACUUGAACCGUAAUUUGUGAAGUGUUUAUUAAUUGGUGUAAUUUGUGAAAUAUAUAUUUUUAUCCAAUCAACUAAAUGAUUUGUUACUUUGUAAUCAGGGAGCAGUUUUAAUAUAUUACAUUACUGUACUUUACUGUAAUUCAAAAUGGGUGUCUGUAAAACGAAGACCCUUCGGUAUUUCUUGAUAUCCCUAAUUUUAUUCCGGUGAAAUAAUGAAAUAGGUACUUGGCAACUGUUUUAUGAUGAUUUUGAAAUACAGUACUUAUAAUUGAGAAAUAUUAUUGAAGGUCUUCGUUUUGUAGACACCCAUAUAGAGGUGCCUAUAAAAUGAAGGCCCUUGAAAAUUUCACAAACGGACGCCUAAAAAAAAUCGUAAUUUUGAUUUUCUGACAGCCAAGUGUAUUAUCAAAAUAAAAGAGGAAAAAUAAGUCUUAUUUUUUGUGUCUUCGUUUUAUAGACGCCCAAUUCAAAAUAUUAUAUUGAGGUGUUUUAGACAACCUUUUAAAUAUCUGUAAAUAUAUUAUAAAAGUAGGCUACUGUUGUGUUCCUUUUAUUAAACUCGAUUUAUUCAAUAAUACACAUAAUUUUGUGAUAAUAGUCUCAAUUGUACUUGUGAAAUAUAUUAAACCCGAUUUUAAGUAAGAAUAGUUACUUAUAAAUAUGUUAUAAAUAUAGGCCACUGUUGUGCUCCUGGCCUUUUAUUAAACUAAAUUCAUUCAAUAAUAGACAUAAUUUUGUGAUUGAUACUUGUGAAAUAUUUUAAACCCGAUUUUAAGUAAGAAUACUAUCUAUUGUUAACAUGUAUGUUAAAAUUCAAUUAUAGGCCUACAAAAAAUUCGUGAUACCCAAAUAAUAUGAUACUUACACAACAGAAAUUAUCUAGUGAAUGUACAGUAUACUGUACUUCAAAUACUACUUGAAAAUAUUUUUAUAAAGAGAGUAGAUUAUCAAGUUAAGAACAACAAAGAACAAUUAGACAAAAGGUCACUCCAAAAAUGUACAAGGCUGUUACAAAUUACAUUGUUCUGACACACAAAGCCAUUUUGAAACGAACGCGCCAUAUUUUACGGACGUGUUCUUAGGCAUUCGCUUAACCAAUCAUGUUGGUUGUUCUAAGAACGUCUCACUAUAUAAGCACAUUGCAUUUUCGAAAUUGGACAUCAAUUUCAAAUUGAAAAUAACAAUGGCUCGUACUAAGCAAACUGCCCGUAAAUCAACCGGUGGAAAAGCUCCCCGAAAACAACUUGCUACCAAGGCAGCACGAAAAAGUGCACCAGCCACCGGUGGUGUCAAGAAACCUCAUCGCUACAGGCCUGGAACUGUCGCUCUCCGUGAGAUCCGUCGAUACCAAAAGAGUACUGAGCUUCUUAUUCGCAAACUCCCAUUCCAACGUCUAGUUCGUGAAAUCGCCCAAGACUUCAAAACCGAUCUCCGAUUCCAGAGUUCUGCCGUCAUGGCUCUUCAAGAGGCUAGCGAAGCUUACUUAGUCGGCCUUUUCGAAGAUACCAACUUGUGCGCCAUCCAUGCCAAGCGUGUAACCAUCAUGCCUAAGGACAUCCAACUGGCCCGCCGUAUCCGUGGUGAACGUGCAUAAACUGUUAAUCAGUUAUUUCAAACCAAAAGGCUCUUUUCAGAGCCAAAAAUUGAUCAAAAGGGGAAAAGCAAUUUUGUCUAAAUUAUCGUUUUGUUUACUUUGUUUUUAUUUACAGUGUUAGUUACAGUAUAACGUAUUGCAUUUCUUCAAUGAAAGUACAGUACAACUAUUUAAUUUAUUUAUUCAACCACAAUUUUCAUAACAUUAGGCCCAAAAAUUAACUGUUGCUAUUGGUAAAUCGCUAGGCAUUCGAAUAUAAAAGAAAUGAGAAUUAAUUUUCACUCAGGCGUCCAGGCACUAUUUAAAAACAAAUGCUGAUUAACAGACCAUGGUUUUAUACCUUUCAGUUAAAAUUAUAUACAAUAUAUUUUAAACGGUAGCAGCAGCGGGACAUUCUUUAGAUGGAUAUGCCCGCCCUUAUUUUUCUUUUUACUUGUAGGUUAUUGUUUACUUACCGUGUCUUUUUUUUUUUGUUUCUCAUUCUCUAAUUUACAAAUUGUUCUGUAAUGGUAAUUAUUUAGCAUUGAAUAUUAUACAUCCCUCUGAACUGCCUUGCCUUUUUAAAAUGAAGUUUUGAUUUACUUCAAUUUGUAUUUGUUUAUUUUCAUGUCACCUUUCAUAUCACUUUAUUAAGAUUAAUUUAUGUUAUAUGUUUUGCUUUUCUAUUGAUUUUACUUACAUUAUUGUUUAAUUUAAUUGUCUGUAUAUAUCUAUGUUAAAAAUCCAAAGACCGGACUAACAGGCCUGAGAGCCUCUGGAGUGUUUUUCACACUAUAGUUAAUCCUAGCCAACUUAGGUUAUAUUGUCUUGUUUUUGUUAAAUUUCCUUUCAUUGUAUUGUAUGUUAUUUCAUUGGCUACAUAAAGAAUGAAUGAAUAGAUUAG